AUCAGAGGACAAUGUUUUUUUUUUUUCUUCCCCCCACAGUUCUUUUAUACGUAGUACUUUUGGAAAACGUAUACUUUUUUUUUCCCUCCUGCCCCCUACAACCUAACCGGGAUAUCCAGGAACAUGAAGUAGGUAAGUUCUCAGGAUGGAAGGGGAGUGACUGGGGUUGUCAGACAGAGGUGAGUAAGAGAUGAGUCAACAGCCUCACUAUAAGAUGCCUGCACUAUGGUGCCCAACAGCACCAGACAACCAGACUCAAACUGAGGUAAGGUCAACUCUGCUUCAUCUUUUUGCAUGACUUUUUUUCUCCAUUUGUUCUGCUUUGACACAAAAUCCUCACUUUAUCAUACUUUAGUCUAACUUUGUUUUUUGGGCUUGUGUAAAAACAAUGUUUUUGUUAUGAAUAUUAUUCUUGUUCCAUUUGUUAAAGAUGUCCUAAAGCUGUAUAGAUGAAGUGCUGUUUACCUGUGGGAUCAGCCACCACCUGAGCAGAGAUUAGUGCCAGCCAAACGCCGUGAUCUUUGUACCUGUGACAGUCAGAAAAUUGCUGGUGUCUCAUCUCAAAUAUUUGCUGCUCCAGUCAAACACACAGGAAGGAAGCAAACGUACUGCAAAAGUCAACAAUCUGAUAUGAACUCAAGCCCAUUUUUAUGUUGCUGCUGUUUUUGGACAAAAUAUCAAAAUGCAAAAACAAUUGGAAAGACAUGUUUACUCUUUACACUGGAAUCUUAAGAAAGUAAAAAAAAAGACUGUUGUUCCAUGAAAAUGUGUCUUAAUUUCUGUCUUCCAAGAAAAUUUACCUUAUCAAGACAUGUCUGAUAUUGCCUAGAAUUUUUUUCCUAAAAUAAGAAUUCUUGAUAAGAUCCGUUUUUGCUGCACAUAUGGGAAUUUUUUCUUGCUUAAUAAGAAAGAAAAAAAUAUCCCAAUCGGGUAAGACUUUUUGACUUAUGUCCAAUGUUUUUGCAGCAUAAUCAUGUCACUUUUUUUAUUCUCAUAGGAAGUCUUGCACGCCACAUACCUUAUUUCAAAGGAAAAACUGCGACCAUGGACAGCGCUCUGGUGCUUUUUGCCUUUCUAUUCCAUUGUUUAAAUGUGGCUACAGCUGCCCCCGUGAACCCGGAACUACAGGAGAUGAAGUCUAAUGUAAUAGACAUCGCUAAAGAACUUUCUCUAAGACUGGAAAGCAUCAUACAGACUUCUAUUGGCCCAAAGUUCUCGCCACCUUCUGAUGAGCUGAAUGGACUUUCCUCCAUAAUGGCCGUCUUAGAUGAAUGCACUAACCAAAUUUCAGACAACUUUGAUGAGGCCAAAAAGAUCAAGGUUGACAUCUCUUCACUGAUGGACUCCAUGUCUGAAUGGAGUGACAAGCACUGCGGGGAACAGCCCUCGACUCAGGCAGAGAAUCAGACAUCCAGACGGUUCAGCAUCACUGAGAGCAUGCAGGCUGUCACCAGGCUAAAGCACUUCCUCCUCCUGCUGCAAAACAACUCCGAUCAACUUGAAAUUUGUUGAAAGACAUUUUACUCCCUAAUUCCUGGAUUAUUUUUUAUAUAACUUACAAUGAAGGACAUUUGUGAUACAUGCACGUGACUGAAUAUGUAUUUAAGCGUAUAUAUGGAUUAUUUUGCACCAAAGUAACUUUGCUGUUAUGUUAUUGCCAUUUUCAUAUUUAUGAAGACACCUUUUCUGUUUUAUACUCUCAAUGUUAAAUAUUGCUGCUUCUAAACAAGCAAUAGAAUCAUUUUAACAUUACAUAGUGUAAUGAUUACAGCCUGUCAGGAACAAGGUUGUCUUUUAAGGAAAUUCCUUAAAAUCAACAUUGGUGAGUUUCUAUGACAACCCACAGGAAUAAAUUAAUGGAACAAUCCCGAUUGAGUAUUAAUAGUUAGCCGAGGAAAAAUGUGUGAAAUGUUUUGUAUUUUGUAUUUAUUUUUUUGUACUUCUUGCAAUAAAGGGUUGAUAUAA